AUGAAUUUAGUGUUCUCACGAUUCUUGGCAUACCUUCACAUCGGGUUCCAAGUCGUUCUCCAUACGUUCAUCUACCCCAGUCAUCUCCACCCGCAACCCUGCCACAUCCUGGCACGCAUCGGACACACCGUGCGUUUGGGCGCGCUUUUGCCCACUCGUCAGCCGUCCAGGAUACAGUCUGCCCUGAACCGCGCCCUCGUCCAUCUCCGGCAAACUGGGAACAACUUUUUACCCUAUAACCUGAGCUUGGAGAACCGGUUCCACCUGCAGAUGCUGCUGCGGAUGCCUCCCUCAGGCCUGGCCGAGCUGCUGGUGAGCAUGCUGCAGCAGGGGGGCUGGCAGGGGGGCACGGCCGUGCUGUGUGACGGCUGGGAGGCCAGCGGCGUGCUGCAGACCCUGGAGCAGGCUGAGCGCCUGGGCACGGGCACGGGCCGAGGGAGGCGGCGGGUGCACUGGCACCUCUGGGAGCCCCUGGACCUGACGGGCUCCCCGGAGGGAAUGGGUGAGGAGGAGAUGCUGGAGCUGCUGUCGCAGCACUUGAGCCAGGCGCCCUCGCCGCGGGCGACCGCCGUGCUUCUCUUCGGCUCUGACCCGCAGUGCGUUUCCGCUGUGCUGACCGCCGCACACAGGCUGAGCCUCGCCCAGCCCCUUCUCGCCACUGCCGCCCACUGGAUUGUAGGAUACCCUUUGACCCUGGAUGCGCUGCAGUCCAUCGGCUCUCCUCAGGGCCUCCUGGCGUACGGCGAGGUCAACCGCAAGCCCCUCAGCUUCUACAUCCGCGACGCGCUGCAGCUGAUCGGCCAGGCUGUGACGGCUGCCACCCUGGUGCGCCCCGACCUGGCGCUCAUCCAGAACAUGGUCAACUGCUACGACAAGCCCAACAAGCACGAGCUGCCCUCGUCAGGCCAGUACCUUGCCAGGUUCCUGUCCAACACGUCGUUCAGCGGCGCCACAGGCCCCGUGCAGGUGCAGCGGGCCCUCUCCCAGGUGCUCCCCUCCCAACGCUUCCACGUGUGGAGCCUACAGCGGGACGCCGUGGGCCAGCCCUCCUGGGUGACGGUGGCCCACUGGCAGGACGGGCAGCUGCAGGUGGACGAGCAGGGCCUGUGGCCGGGCGGCGGGAGGAAGCCGCAGGAGGCCUCGCCGAGCGUCCGGGCCCGGGGGAGGUGGAGGGCGGGGCUGCCCGUGGCCGGUAGCCGUGUGCGGGUGGUGACGCUGGUGGAGCACCCGUUUGUGUUCACGCGGGAGGUGGACGACGAGGGCCAGUGCGCCGCCGGCCAGCUGUGCCUGGACCCCCACACCAACAGCUCGGACCUGCUCAACCUCAUGUUCCGCGAGCUGGCACAAACCAAUAGCAGCGGCGGCGGUGGUGGUGGUACUGGAGGUGUUGGUGGCAGUGCCAGCGGCCCCUCCCUGACCGCGGAUUACCGCAAGUGCUGCUACGGCUACUGCAUCGACCUGCUGGAGAAGCUGGCCGAGGACAUGAACUUUGAGUUCGACCUGUACAUCGUGGGCGAUGGCAAGUACGGCGCUUGGAAGGGCGGCCGCUGGACGGGUCUGGUGGGGGACCUGCUUAACGGCGUGGCCGACAUGGCUGUCACCUCCUUCAGCAUCAACUCGGCGCGCAGCCGCGUCGUGGAGUUCACCAGCCCCUUCUUCUCCACCAGCCUGGGCAUCCUGGUGCGCAGCAAGGACACAGCGGCGCCCAUCGGUGCCUUCAUGUGGCCGCUGCACUGGUCCAUGUGGGUGGGCAUCUUCGUGGCGCUGCACAUCACCGCGCUCUUCCUCACGCUCUACGAGUGGAACAGCCCCUUCGGCAUGACCCCCCACGGCAGGAACCGCAGGAGGGUGUUCUCCUACUCGUCCGCCCUCAACCUGUGCUACGCCAUCCUGUUCGGACGCGUUGUGGCCAGCAAGACGCCUAAGUGCUGGACGGGGCGCUUCCUCAUGAACCUCUGGGCUAUCUUCUGCCUGCUGGUGUUGUCCAGCUACACGGCGAACCUGGCCGCGGUCAUGGUGGGGGAGAAGACCUUUGAGGAACUGUCAGGGAUCCAUGACGCUAAGCUCCACCAUCCGUCCCUGGGGUUCCGCUUUGGGACGGUGCGGGAAAGCAGCGCAGAGGACUACAUGAAGAAGAGCUUCCCCGAGAUGCACGAGUACAUGCGGCGCUUCAACAUGCCCACCACGCCCGACGGAGUGGCUACACUCAAGACAGAUCCCCCUCAGCUGGAUGCCUUCAUCAUGGACAAAGCCCUGCUGGACUACGAGGUGUCCAUAGACACCGACUGCAAGAUGCUCACCGUGGGCAAGCCGUUCGCGAUUGAAGGCUAUGGGAUCGGGCUGCCCCAGAACUCCCCUCUGACCCGCAACGUCUCAGAGUAUGUCAGCCGCUACAAGUCUGACGGCUACAUGGACAUGCUGCACGACAAGUGGUACAAAGUGGUCCCGUGUGGGAAGAGGGUCUUCGCGGUGACAGAGACGCUGCAGAUGGGUAUCCAGCACUUCUCGGGCCUGUUCGUGCUGCUGUGUGCGGGCGUGGCGGGGGCUCUGCUCACGCUGGCCGGAGAACACGCCUUCUACCGCCUGGUCCUGCCUCGCCUCCGCCAGCAGCAGCGCUUCAAGUACUGGCUGCACACCAGUCAGAAGAUCCACCGUGCUUUGAACAUGACCUGUGAGGAUGAAGGGAAACACCAGACAACCCCAGACAGAAGCCCGACCCUCUGCCUGUCAGAUAGCUGCAACAUCCACCGGCUGCAGCCGCCUCCUCCCUCCCCUCAGCCCUCCUCCACCACGACCUCCAACUCCACCGCCACCAUGGCCUGGAACAACCAGAGCACCCGGGGGUCCCGCGAGCCAGGCAAAGACAACAAGCGCGUCCACUUUAACCUUGAGACCCUCAACACGUACCGGCUCCAGGCGCCCCCCUCGGGGCCCGAGCGGGGGCUCAGGCGGGGGCUGGUGGGCAGCCCCCCCACGCAGCUGUGUGAGAAUGGUGGCCCCGCAUCCGGGCUCAGCCUGGUGCUGUCGCCGCCGGCCUGCUCCUCAGCCUCCUCCAUCUCUGCAUCCUCCCAGUGGGAGGGUGAGCUCCAGGAGCUCCAGGGCCGCAUCGAGGAGUUCCGGGGCCAGCUGAGGGUGGCCCUGGCCAGGCGGGCUGAGCUCCAGAGCAGCCUGGAGCGGGAGAAGACAUGCAGGGUGCGAGCCGUCGUGGAAUCUGCCGCCGCCGAUGGGCCUCUCCUUGCAGCCGCCGCCACCACUAUCUCCACAGCCAACUCCACUGGCCCUUUUAAAGACAAAGACACCAACCUGAGGAGGUGAUGUAUGGCGUGAGGUGUGUGUAUGGGCCGGUUUGGGAGCAUGCAAAGGAGAUAGAGAAGAGUUUGGAAUGGUGAACAGGGUACCCAGCUGUUAUUUUGUGAUUUUUGUGACUAACUGGUUUGCUCUGAAUUUACUUUUUCCAAAUUUUGGGCUACAACAGGACAUGUUUUGGAUGGGUGGGUGGAUGAUAGAACAACAGCACUCUGGAAUAUUUGAACAGAAUCACAGAUGGAUAAAGUGAGUUUUCAUUUGUCAACACUUUGGACUUUUGAGUUUCACUUUGAGCAUUGUAGAUACUGGACCAAGACGGAAAAGCAAAACUAUUCAAGGUGGUUCUUUUGUCCACCCACUUGUCUGUAAAUAUGAUACGGUGAUGCUUACUUGUCUGUAAGAAUUGCUAGCUGUAACAGAAGUACAGAAUUUGACGAACAAUCUGUUGAUAUAUGGCUAAAUGAAUUGUUAUCUCUGUGAACUGGAAUCUUAUGGGUUUCCCAUUAAUGCAUUUCAAAAUAAACUUGGUUUACAUUUGGGCUGUAACAGGUUUACUUGAAGCAA